ACCGCACCAGCACAAUCGAAAUCUACCCGGUCCACUCAUUAGACCCUGUCCUCAUUCAUUGCGUUAUAUCUUUCCCCGUCGACACAAUGCUCUGCGUGCGGUGCCGGGCCAUCCCCUCCGCUCUCAGGACAGCUACGUCCUUGACGACCAGACAAUUAAUCGCCCCCGUAUCGCCUCUCUCCUCACUCCCAUCACAACUCCGAUCCUUCUCCCUCGCGACCCGCCCAUCAAUCCACCCACAACCACACCUACAAAGCAGCCUCUCCUCCAUCCGAUCCCACAUCCAGAGCACACUCUCCGCAUCGCCCAGUCCAGCCCAGCAAACCAGAUCUUUCUCUGCUAGCAGUUCCCUCGCGGGUAAACGCACAACUUAUAAUCCUUCGCGGAGGGUGCAGAAACGGCGCCACGGAUUCCUGACCCGGCUAAGGUCGAAGGGAGGACGAAAGAUUCUGCUCCGACGUAAAGCCAAGGGGCGGAAGUCUUUGAGUUGGUAAAUAUCUGUGGGGGGGGGGGUUUCUUUUCUCCCUUCAAGUUUCUCAUCGUCUCUUUGUUGGGGUUGUAUUAUGUAUUUGUCUUGCCUUGCUCUGGAUCAUUUGCUGGCAUUGGU